GCGCCUGCGCGUCUAGUUGUUUCGUGCGUUCGAAAUUGCGACGCCGUUGUUGAUUGAGACACGGGAGUCGAAACUGUCGAAAGGGAUGGUUCGUUGAGUUUUUUCGCCGCGAUUUCCUCGUCCUUCGGUUCACGAUGUCGAUUAGACCGUUGUGGCCGGAUUUGCGGCCGCGUGCGACCGAUCCACUGUGGUUCAAUGCCGAUAGACCGUGCGACGACGAGAGCGAGGUCGCCGCUCUUGAAGCGGAGCACCAAGCCUGGAGGGAUCAUGUGCGGGUGCAGGGCUAUGAGCACAUUCCGAUCGGGAAGACGGUGAGCGAUUUCAGGGGUUCGGAGGGGGAGGAGGAGGAAGAGGAGGAGGAGGAGGGGGAGGGCGAGGAGGAAGACGAGUCGGACACCCACGAGGAAGAGGAAGAGGAGCUCGACGAGAUCGACAUGGAGGUCAGUUAUUCCCAUCAUCCGCAGAGGUCCAGUCCGACGGACACGGUGACCGCUCCUGUAUCCAUUCGGAUGGUCAACGCAUCGAAUUUGACUCGUUAUUCUUAAUCUUUAUCGAUUCGAAUGUACACAUCUGUGAUCGCUAUAUAAUCUCGCGUAACUAAUUUAGUGAAUGGUUAAGUAAUAAUUAUAUAAUUCUAAUUAUUUAUAAGUAUCGGAGUUUUAUAGAUUGAUGGGAUCAACGUGUGAACGAAUAAAGAUCUAUCCAUUCUCUCUAUCCUUAA